UCUAGCGCACCUAUCGUCGAGAUUAUGUGGAUUAAUGAUAUAAGAUGUAAUACUUAACCUUAUAUUCGCUUAAAAGUAUAUGUCCCCUAUUGAGGAUUGCUAUAUUUAUAUGAGAUAUAUACAUAAAAUAAAUAAUUAUACAAUAUAUUCUAUAUGUACUUAUAAAUAUAAUCUACGAUAAAGCAAAAUGAAACUAACACAAGUAUUAAGGAAAUAUCAUUUAGGUAGAUUAACUAGAAAAGUAUGGUAUAACCAACGUGACAGAAAAAUUACAGCAAAUAAUCUAGAAAGUAGAUUAUCAACACUAAACAUAAAAAUUAUAGAUCCUAUUGAUUUAAUUCGACCGAAGAAAGAUUUUGUACGCAUAGAACCAGAAUAUAUUUAUAAAAGACCAAAAUUUGACAAUACCCAUCCUGAUUGGAAAGAUAAAGUUUGUUUAAGCUAUAAGGAUCACAAUGUCUUACAACAAGGUCUAUCUCAAGCACAGUUGUUAUUAAAAACCAUUCAUAUUGAAAAUGAACUUCCACAGCAAAUUAAAGAAAAAGAAAUGGAUCUUUCAAAUAAUAUACAUCAUUUAGUUAAAAGAACCAUUUAUACCUCCAAUAUAUUCGAUGCACAUCAAGAGCUAUUACCAAAAAGAAAAGAUCCGGAUAGACCGGCAUGGAAUUUUCCUAGAGACUAUGGUGUGACUGAUCUUAGGAAAACGCAUAAUUUAUUCAAGAAACUACUUCAAAUUUGUGAAUGUGUAUGUGGUCCAGAGAUUGUACGAACUCGUUCUAUCUUUCAUAACGGAAUUAUAAAAAUUUCAAUAGAAAAAGAAUCACACCUAUUGCAAUUUGAAUUGACAUUUGAUUUAGCAAUUGUAUCAACAAAGCCUUUAACAAAGAUAGAAGAUCAAAAUGCUCAUACAGAAUUAGAUUUUCCAAAUAUAUAUCCGUUUUAUCCUACGCUUAGCUUGGAAAAAAUGAAUAUUUAUAGAACAGAAGAUUUAUAUCCUAUUGAGGGAAUAUCACCCUGGUCGAAUAUUCAUACCAUAUUUAUAAGCCACAAUGCAGAAGAAGUAAAAAAUCUUACUGAACUACCAGUAAUUGAAGAUCAGAUACAUGCACGUUCUAUGAUAAAAUCAUUUACUGCAGCAGCAGCUAAUGCACGUCAAAAAUAUGGACCUGAUGUUAAACAUUUACCAGAACCAAUAAUAGUGCAAUGUAUUGAAUCAAAUGGAAAAAAUUUUCAUUUUUCAGUAUUUCAACUUAAUACACUAGAUAUAAAUAAAAUAGAGGGUAUUAGAAAUUUCUGGUGGUCUAGUCCUACAUUACAAUUAUAUGAAAAGGCAUGUUAUGAGGUUGGUAAACCAAUUCUUACAGGUUAUAAUCCUGAAGUUGUAAAAAAACUAUUUGCAUUUUAUAAAAAUAUAUAGUUUAAUAAAUAAAUUAUUUUUAUUAAAGCAGCA